AGGGCGUUGUCAGACGGAGCCGAGCCCACAGGACGAGCCGUCAGUCUGCUGCUAACAGCUAUCGCGCUAGCCAUGAUGAGCUAACCCGGAGCUACCGAGACUUUUCAUUUCACCUCUCCAGCCUUCGUUAUCGGUCGGUCGCCAGUUUUGAAUUGAUUCAAAGAGACGUCCAGUUGAAGCGUAGCCACUGCUGCUGGCCUCUCACGCAGCCUUCACUUCCUUCCUUCCAGAUUUUUCGGUAUCCACUCAGAUCACGUGGCACAACCAAACAUGGCAGCUGCUAAACCCAAAGGGCAGAAUUCUCUGGCCCUCCACAAAGUGAUCAUGGUGGGCAGCGGUGGAGUCGGGAAGUCGGCCCUCACCCUCCAGUUCAUGUACGACGAGUUUGUGGAAGACUAUGAGCCCACCAAAGCAGACAGCUACAGGAAGAAGGUGGUCCUGGACGGAGAGGAGGUCCAGAUCGACAUCCUGGACACGGCCGGACAAGAGGAUUACGCAGCCAUCCGGGACAACUACUUUCGCAGCGGUGAAGGAUUCCUCUGUGUUUUUUCCAUCACAGAACUGGAGUCAUUCACAGCCACAGUGGACUUCAGAGAGCAGAUCCUGCGAGUAAAGGAGGACGAGAACGUGCCCUUCCUCCUGGUGGGGAACAAAUCAGACUUGGACGACCGACGGCAGGUCAGCGCCGACGAGGCCAAGGCUCGUGCCGAGCAGUGGGGCGUCUGCUAUGUGGAGACUUCCGCCAAAACCCGUGCCAACGUGGACAAGGUCUUCUUCGAUCUGAUGAGGGAGAUCCGAGCGAGGAAAAUGGAGGACAGCAAAGAGAAGAACGGCAAGAAGAAAAGCAGUUUGGCCAAGAGAAUUCGAGAGCGCUGCUGUAUUUUAUAGUGGCGAACAGGACGAGCAGGAGCUGCUGGUGUACAUACACAUUUCUCAGACUUUAAUUCGUGCCCAUACCUGAGCGAGACCACCAGACCCUCAGGGGUUAGUGAGGUGGACCUCCAUACAUUUAUAGCUCUAACUUUUUAUGUGCUGACACUCCAAAUAAUUUAUGUAAUCUCUCUCUCUCUCUAUUCAUCCGACGACAGAGUAAAGACAUGAAUAAUCCUUUGAGCUUCAAAAGAAGCUGACUCCUGAAACGUUUCAGUUGUUAAGUGUUUUCAGUGUAGUGCAAAAAAAGAAGAGUAGAGUGUGGGUAAAACCUAUAAACCUGGCUCGUAGAAUUAAGCCACAGUUUGCCUGAAUAAUCUGUGAGCGGAUUAGACAGCGAAGCGUCAACUGAGGGGAGCACUUUAUUAAUAUAUGGCUUUGUUUAUUUGGACAGCAAUACCUCAGAAAGGCGGCACUUCUGCCGGGAUGGACGGCUGAAAGUUGGACGAUUGAAAAUCGCGUCACGAUUAAAGAGCAAUCUGACUGCAGGAAAUGCUGUUGAGGCUGGACUGAGGCACUCAAGAGGAAGUCAAGUACACCUCAGCUAAAGCUACUUAGCUUGUGCGAUCAAUGACAUUUAAAAAAUGAGCAGUACGUUCUCGCUAAGUGAAUUUACACGUUCAUAUUAUAAUUGAUGUCAGCGAAGUCUUGAGUGAGAAUUAAAUUAAGCACUUUGAAAACCACCUUUUAAUAUUGGGUGACAUUUGUAGUCGUCAUUUCAGACUAUGUUUUUUUGUCUGUGCUAAUGCUAAUUCAUGCUAAUCUGUCGGUGUCAUGUUCUGAUGAACGCUGUAUCAAGAACAGCGUUGCUCAUUUUGUAUUGGACCCUAAGUAAGAGAGUUCUAUUUUAGUAAACAAGUGAGUUCAGUCUUCAACAUCUUCCUGACAAAUACACUCAUAAAUGCUUCUAAAAAACGCAAAGGGAGACCCAAACUAGUUAUUUAGCCACUAAGUUUUCUACUUAUUUUAUACUUCUAUCGACUAGUUGGCCAACAAAUAUUGCCAUCAUUAAACAGCCUUUGUUUUUCAGAGGGUUCACCUUUUAUUUUCAAGCCUUUAGAAUAGGGAAAGUACAGAAUUCUAUCACAGAUAAAUAGAUUUUCUUUGUAUUACAUUAGUUCAUGUAGUGAUGACCUGGAUAAUUCAUCAAGUAUUAAUUGUAUUCAAUGUUUUGAGCCUCUUGUGAGCAAUACUAUAAGAAUCUAUUGCUUUUAAUUUGAAAAUGUUGCAUGUGGACCAGUUGUCUACUAAAAUAUGCAGCUGGUUUUCAAUAUAUAUCAGAUUUAUGCAACUGAAUUGGUCUUCCACCGACAAAUUUCUGUCUCGAGUCACUCGUCUUUAGUCACUCCUGGACUGGUUUGACUUUUAAAGUGGGGUGUUAAUACAAAUACAAAUAGCCUGAGCUGUGAGGCUGAGCUGUUGCUGUCCUUAUAAACCAAGUCAAUUCUUGCUCUCGUGACCGUAUUCACGACGUAAUAUCCGCGCUUUUGUUCUGGUGAAAUCAAAUUGCUCUCUUGUUUUCCCCUCCGUCACGCAGAGAUCUGACGCGUCGUCUCGGAAGCUCUCAUGGGUUAUGAUUUUAUUGCCGUGCGUCCGUUAGAAUCAUGCGAUAAAGGAAUCUGUGGUGCUGUGUUCAAGCUGAUUCCCCACAAUACGCCACCCCAGGCUCAGACUUUAAUUACAGCCAAUGCCUUCCCUGUUUAUGUUUACCUGGGUGAAAGAUGACGCCGCCUCAAACACAACAUUCUUUCUGUCACCAAAGCUCGCGCUACACUACAAGUGCCCACUUGGUGUUGAGUCUGAGAGAUGUGGCGCCCGAAUGUAAAUGCUCUCCCUCCGUCCUUUCUGUUGCCUGUGGAAGCUGACGACGCAUAGUUUACAUUCUGCCCAGUUUACCUUGAUAACGGAGGCGCUUUCCCGUUUAGUGUAUUAUUUAUUGAAGUGUUGACCCCACAUGACAGACAACUUGGCUGGAUGCACACCGGAAGUUAGCUUUGUCCAUGAGUGUUCUGUGACAUGCAGCUCAGUUUCAGAUCUAUGGAGGGUUCUCUUGUUCAUCACAGAUUUUAAAGUCCCAAAUCAUUUUGUUUACCAAGGUCAUUCUGAUAAACUGGCUUUGUUGUUUUUGGUUUUUUUUGGCCGGGGGGAGGGUGUUCUGAUUCUGGAACAUGGCCAAGCUCAGCUUCGGAUUUUGAUCACAUUGGUGGGUUGAUGACGCUUCAUGAAACACUUCUACAGUCUUUCACUUUGAACAUCUAUCUUAAUGAAAUCAAGUCUUGGAGCACCACCUACUGAGCUCUGAAAUUGAGGACGCUGUUUCAUGAAAAUGUCAAUUUUCAGAGGCCACUAGGUGGUGGUCUCUGCUCUACGAUCUUCAGUUUUGAACUGCAAAUUGCUCAAUGAAUCCAUACGAGCUCAGUCUUUCAUGAAACCUCGCCAGCCCUUCACUCCUCAUUCAGGCCCACUCAUGCUCCCUUUACGGACAAAAUUGUACCCAUCCUUUUCAAACAAUGUUAGCAUCACGAAACACGUUGAUAUUGCUCUUCAUCAAUAUAUCCACCGGGGGCAGCCAAGAGUCAAAGUUUAUGACAGCAACAAACUCCAAAACAUGGCGACUGUGGAAGAAGUAUUGAUAAUGUAGCUCUUGCCAUUGUUAGGUUUUCAUCCUGCCUCAUUAAAGUAUCCACAUCUAUACGUAACGUUGAGCAUAAAUGGGCCUGCCGGUCUCAUAAUACAGCUGGUUUGUCUAGUUCCUGUUGGAGUCUUACACCGGAGAAUGGCUAGUUUCUAACUUCUUUUGCUUUUAAAAACUGGACAGUUUGCUGCAUCUCUGUUGCAUAGAAUACUGCUUACAGAUGGUUGAGAGGCAAAGCGACAUGUUGGCUCUGGAGAUCAACAUUACCUUUGUCGUUUUUCCAUUUCUCUUUACAUUACAUUGACUCGUUGACUUAUUUCGUUGUCAUCUCAAAUGCCGCCCAUCUUUAGUGUCCAAGGAUUUUCAGUUUCCUGACGUCUUUUUUAAAGCAAUAUUACUCUCACUAUUUAUUAUCCCUUCCAGAUUCCAUAAUAAGCUGUCGACUUACAUGGUUUGUCCUGACAUGAUGGUGAGUCGAAACCAAACCGAUCUGCUUGUCACUUCAAAAUGGUAAAUGUAUUACAGGAGCAUGAUGUGAGACUUAUAAAAGUGAAGUAAAUGACGUGCGAUCACCACUUUUACCAAAAACAGCUGAAGAAAAUGGUAAAAACUGACUGCAAGGUGUCCAUCGCUAUUGUUGCACUAUUCAUCGAUGUGUGUUUUAUAUCUCUGUUUACGUCAACAUAACUGCAAACAACAACAUUUAUGUCCGUUUUCUCGUUCAAAGCCGACAAGGUGUUGUUCUACGUCACAAUUUCCUUUUUAUUAGUGGCUGAUGUGAUCAGAAAACAACGUGAUCGGCCUGCUCUGAAAAUAAAGGCGCAUCAUUUCCCAACUCUUAUUUUCUACACUACUUUACAGAGCCAAUGUUAUAAUUUAAUUUGUGAAUUUUUCAGUUUGAAAAUAAAAUUCCCCAAAUGCAAUGACUAUGCAAAAAUAUAUAUAUGAAAAAACAGCCCAAUUAAAUCCCAUUGGUCGUCCUGUUGCGAGUAGAAUGUCUGGCAUUUCAUAUUUAUUAAAAAAAAGCACACUGUGGCGUGUAUGGCUGGAGGGGUGAGGCAGGACGUGUGAUGAGUUCGGAGGGUAGUUUAUGAAUUCAAAGGGCUAACCUCCACCACACCAUGAUUGAGGCACCCUGGACGCUCGAAGAAAACACUAAUAAAUACUUGUACAGUGCUGUGUUCUCAUGGCUGCUGUAGCGCUCGCUUGUUCUCUUAAAACCAAGCUUUCAUUGUAUGCAUUUUUUUUUUGUUCCAAGUGUGUUAUUAAUAGAUGUGAUGGCCCAAAUCUUUUCAGCGGGACAAGCCGUAUGCAGCAGAUGUUUGUGUGAGAGCUUUGAGCAUUCAGCCCCCACCCAGCCUUUUAUAUAAAUGUCCUCAGAGUUAAACAAAAAAAAAAAGUAUAUAGAUAUAUGGUUGGAUGGUUGUGUACGGCAUCGGAUCCUUCAUGUGUACCUGCGCCCAACAUAACCACUCAUCGUAGCUGGAUCAGUUUGUGAAUGAAAGAGGUGACGCUGACAUUUCAAUUUUUGUGGGUUGUUUUGAAAUGGCAAAAUAAAGUGGAUAUUACUAAUAA